CUGCCUCCUCGCAUCGCCUCGACCCUGGCCUCUGCCUAGGCCGACCAACCCUAGCUGCCGUCGCACCACUCGCUGCCGCGGCCGACCUCAACCCACCCGCCGCCCCGGCCGACCUCAACCCGCCCGCCGCCCCGGCCACACCUCUUCCCGCUCGCCGCCCCCGCCGCGGCGCUCGAGCGCAGCUUCUGGAUCAGGUCAACGCGGCGGCUCGACAGGCUGGGGACGAUGCGUCUGCUCGAUGCAAAACGGCGGCGGCGGGAUCCAGCGGGCGCGGGAGAAGGAGAGAUCCGGCGCGGCGGCGCGAAGUCCUUGCAAGUGGAGGCGGGCCUCCAUGGCUGGCAGGGAGAGCUCCAAGGUCAUGGCGGUGAUUCGAUUUUUCUGGUAGAGAAGAGAGACAGAGGAGGAUCCAGGGUGGAGGAGAGGUAGGAGAAGAAGGACGAGGAAGAUGGAAGGGUGCGGCAGGGGUGCAGCGGUGCGAGGGCAUUGGUGCGCGUGAGGAGCGCCUCUCCUCGGGAGGAUCAGGGAGGAGCGAGUGAAACUCAAAUCGACUUCAGAGCAAGGUACUGGUGUAGAACUACGAAGAAGCAAGCUGACCAGAUGCACACGUACUAGCCGGCAACAAGAUGAAGGAAGCCAACCAGAUGUGCACAAAACUACACUACAUCAUGCCUAAUUGAAUCCUCUGAAUACUUCUGAGCAUAAGGAUGAAAAAGUGCAGCAACCGACUUGGCUUAUUGUUUUGGAAAUUGCAACCGGUGCUCUCCUUCUUGUUUUUGUGAUCACUGGUGCUGUUACUGCCUCCAGAAGCUUCAAUCUAAAGCCUUCUAUAAGAAUAUCAUCAUGGAGUAGAUCAAAAAGUUGGAGCAACGAGAUAACAAUACUGAUUGAUUCUGAUAUGCUGAAAAGUUUGCCAAAGUUGAGUCACUAGGAACUUGAAGUAGUGUGUUAGGAUUUUAGCAACAUAAUUGGCUCAACUCUGGAGACUAUAGUCUACAAAGAAACAAUGAAGGAUGGACCUGAGGUUUCUGUCAUAUCAUUAUGCGCCUUUGAAGGUCAUUGGACUAGCCAGCAUGAGCUCUUUUACCAAAACAAGGUUAUUGAUCUGGCAAGGUUGAAUCAUGAGAACAUAGCAAAGUUUCUGGGCUAUUGCAGAGAGAGUGACCCAUUCUCGAGGAUGUUAAUCUUUGAGUAAAAAUCAAAUGGGACCCUGUACGAGCACCCACACUCGGCCCAAUUCUCUUGGCUCAGAUGAAUGAAAAUAGCCAUCGACAUCGCCCAAGGUUUAAGGCUGACGACGUCGUCUAUUGAAGCCCCACCGGCGACACGACGGGACAGCUCCGACUUGUACGUGGGUGUGGGAACGCAGAUCCGCGUUGCCAGCUUACACAAGGCCAUGCUCAACGCGCCGACGCAGGGUUUAUCGCCCGUCUUUGUCAGAUAAGCAAAGCAAUCCACCUUCCUCUUUCUCAUCAGAUCCAUUUUAUUGUGAUAUUGCAUUUAAGUCAAUCAAUUUUUAUGAUUCUUUCAGUGUUAAAGAAAAUGGAAUUUACCUGAAUAAAUUGCGUGUAUAGAUAUGUAGAGGAUGAACUCAACAAGUGGAUCUUUCAAGGUUAAUUAGCUUUGCACAUUUUAUAAAAUAGAUGCAAUGGCAUAGCACCUUCAGUAUCAUGCUUGCACUCACAUGUUGUUCCAACAGCACUAUGAAUGCUGCCCAGAAUUGCCAUGCCUUCAGCUUUCGCUAUAAGUUCCUAUGAUGCUCCUUUUCAGGUGACUUUUCAUGUGAUUUCGACUUCUAAAAAUUAGAAAGUACCUUCAGAUCAAAGCAGUGGAUUUGUAGAUUUUCUGGGUAUUGGUGCUACUCCAUCUCCAUUUGGCUUACGGUCUUUGGUCACUGAUUCUGAGCUUUCAGGUCCUAAAUGAGAAGGUAAGGAUGUACUUGAGCAGUAUGAGAAGACCGAGUUCCAUUAUUUCAGAAGCCAGAAGUUUCCCAUUAAUCUUUGGUUCUAAAAUUUGUUUAAGAAAAUGGUCAUUCUGCUAUUAGCACCACGAUUAUGUGUCAAUUGUAGAUUCUUAAUUAGUUAGAAUUAUUUUAUAUGUUUGAUUCCUUUGGUUCAUAUUUAUUCAACAACAAAAUAUUUUCGAGAUUGGUCAAUUUGAGGAUCAAACUUCAAACAUGUGAAUUGAUGUGGCAUCAAGCUAAAUCUAUUGAUACAUAGCUAUCCUUUUUUGCUUUGCACAAUUAAUAUUGUUACUGGAGAUGUAUGUUAAUCCUCUAGCUUUGCUCAUUUUAUCUUUUGAUUUCAUCUGAGUUGAUAGGAUAUUGUGUCAUGCGUUCAAAAAUUAUAUGGUCAUGUGGGUGGAUUGUUUCUCCCGUUGCAACGCACGGGCAUGUUUCCUAGUUAAAAUAAAGCGGCAUUUACCCUAAAAAAAUAAUACGGAGUACAAAUUGGGAAGGAUAUGGUUUUGUGGGUAGACUGGACGCACUAAAACACGGCACCCGAACGCGACCGGACGAACCGGACACGGAGCGUGAAUGGUCAGUUCCUUCCUUCGUCCCCAAGGCCCAAACCGCGGGGUGCGGCUCGGCCCCUUCCUUCCCGUCCUUUUCUCGCGCACUCGGCACUCGCAUAGUCAUCGCAUCUUGGCUGCUCACCCCCCCCGGCACCUGCAGAAUCCCCAUCCGCGUUCCACUUCCACCGAGGCGGAGGAUGGCCUCCGACGACAGCAGCUCGAGCCACCCCACGGAGAAGAAGGAGGAGGCCUCCGCCGCCGCCGCCGCCGGUGGAGCUGGCUUCGACGAUCUGGAGGACCCGCGGUUCCAGUGCUGCGUAUGCCUGGAGCUUCUGUAUAAACCAGUUGUUAUUGCAUGUGGUCAUAUGUCAUGUUUCUGGUGUGUCCAUAAGGCUAUGCAUUACGCCCGGGAAUCCCAUUGUGCAAUAUGCAGGCAACCGUAUACUCAUUUCCCAAGUAUCUGCCAACUCCUCCAUCACUUGCUUUUAAAGCUUGAACCCGUGGAAUACAAAAAGAGGGAAAUGGAAGUACUAGAGCAAGAGAGGAGUGUGGAUACCUUUUCUCCACAAAUCAUCGAGUUCUUAAACUCCAAGAACAAUAAUGGUGAAAAUGGAGAAGAUUGGGGCAACAAGCUUGAAGAUGGCAAAACUGGACCUCCAGGAGAAGUCUCAGUUGAUGACAAUACUAUGAACGAACAUUCAAUGAAAAUAAAGUUAGAUGAUGUGUCUUGUCCUAUCUGCAAGGAGCUGCUGUAUCAACCUGCUGUUCUUAACUGUGGUCAUGUGUAUUGCAUAUCUUGUUUGCCUUCCGUGGGUGAUGAAGCAUUGAAAUGUCAAGUCUGUGGAGGUCUUCAUCCUGGAGAUUUUCCUAAUGUUUGUUUAGAUCUUGACCACUUUCUGGAAGAAUAUUUUCCAGCAGAAUAUGAAUCAAGACGCAAGAAACUUCAGCUUGAGAAUAGCCAAUGCAAUCCUGAAGGAUCAUCUUCAAGUACUUCAUGCAAGAAGGGAACUUUUGUACAGAAGACUCUAGACUUAUCAAAUGUUCACAUUGGAGUUGGAUGUGACUCAUGCGGGGUCUAUCCGAUACGAGGCAAGCGAUACAAAUGCAAGGAUUGUACAGAGGCAAUUGGAUUCGACCUUUGCGGGGAAUGCUACGACAGCACUUCAAAGCUCCCAGGCCGCUUUAAUCAGCAGCACACACCUGACCACAGGAUGGAACUCGACAAUUCAUCACUGUUUGACGCGUUCCUGAGAUUCCAAGGGAUACCCGCGGAGGGUCUGCAGCAGCUGGUACAACAAAUGGAGCUCAUUGGUGCUGGUGGCAUGGUGCAGUUAGUGGCUGAUGAUGAAGAGAUGGAGGACAAUCAUGAGGAUGCUUAGUUGCUGUAGGAACCAAGCAAGCAUUUCUAGCAAAAGCUGAUUUGGGGAGCGAGCCUUGAAAUAUUGUGGUGAUCGGACUAAAUGAAUGUAGCGUGCUACAUUGUCCUUGAUUCCUUUUGGGUCCGAAGGUCAAUUAGUCUUGUUUUAUGCUUUCGUACAUUUAUUUAUUACUGUAUUAUAUUAGUCUUCCAUCUAUAUAAUAAUAAAAAGAAAUUAUAUA